UAAGGAAGAGUGGGAAUGGCCAAGUGCCAGGCGAAUGGCGAUGUAAACAAUUUAAACAGAGUUGAGGGUAGCUCAAAGCCUCCAACCAACUCCUCCUCGUCUUCUCCGCCCACUUUCUUCAUCACCUUAACAUUCUUCUUCUUUUAAAUCACACUCACACAGACACCCCCCAAUCCCUUCUUUCUCUCUAUCUCCUCCAAUUCUCCGAAAUCCAGAAUGGCGUCUUCUCCAUUUCUAUCGAAGACCACCAUUUCCUUCUCCUCCUCCAUCUCCACUUCUCUUCCCUGGCGGUCCUCACACUCUUCCCCUUCCUUCUCCACCGCAUUUCGCACUAAACCCCGUCGGAGAACCCUGACCGUCCAAUCCAAGAUCAGGGAGAUCUUCAUGCCUGCCCUCAGCUCCACCAUGACCGAGGGAAAGAUCGUCUCCUGGGUCAAAUCCGAAGGCGACGUCCUCUCCAAAGGCGAGAGCGUCGUCGUCGUCGAGUCCGACAAGGCCGACAUGGACGUCGAGACCUUCUACGACGGAAUUCUCGCCGCCAUCGUCGUCGGCGAGGGCGAGACCGCCCCUGUCGGAGCCGCCAUCGGACUACUGGCCGAGACCGAAGAGGAAGUCCCCGAGGCUAAAGCCAAAGCCAAAUCCGCUUCAUCAGAUUCCCCCGCUUCUUCUUCCCCGGCUGCUGAAGCUGUUACGCCCACUCCUCCUCCUGCUACUUCCACUCCCGCUCCAGCAAUCGCCCAGCCUUCUCCACCUGCUACUUACACUCCCAAAAAGACUGUGGCCACGCCUUUUGCCAAAAAGCUAGCCAAGCAACACAAGGUGGACAUUGCCUCCGUGGUGGGCUCCGGCCCAUUUGGCCGAAUUACACCUGCUGAUGUGGAGGCCGCCGCCGGAAUUGCCCAGCCCAAGAAAACCGUCGCCGCCGAGCCCACUCCCGUGUCCGCUGCUCCACCCAAGCCUUCUGCUGCUCCUUCGGCUUCAUCAGCGCCUCUGCUUCCUGGCUCAACGGUGGUUCCCUUCACAACGAUGCAGGCCGCCGUUUCGAAGAACAUGUUGGAGAGUCUCUCGGUGCCAACAUUCCGCGUUGGUUAUCCAAUCAGCACCGACGCGCUCGAUGCCCUCUACGAGAAGGUGAAGCCAAAGGGUGUGACCAUGACUGCAUUGUUGGCCAAGGCUGCUGCUCUGGCACUCGCUCAGCACCCGGUUGUAAAUGCCAGCUGCAAAGACGGAAAGAGCUUCACGUAUAAUAGUAGCAUAAACAUCGCCGUUGCUGUGGCAAUCAACGGUGGCCUUAUAACCCCUGUUCUUCAGGAUGCCGAUAAGUUGGAUUUGUAUUUGUUAUCCCAGAAAUGGAAAGAGCUAGUGGAGAAGGCCCGUGCUAAGCAACUUCAGCCCCAUGAGUACAGUUCAGGAACUUUCACUUUGUCCAAUUUGGGCAUGUUUGGAGUGGACAGAUUUGAUGCUAUUCUUCCUCCAGGACAGGGGGCUAUCAUGGCUGUUGGAGCUUCAAAGCCAACUGUUGUGGCUGAUGCAGAUGGGUUCUUCAGUGUAAAAAGUAAAAUGCUGGUAAAUGUAACAGCUGAUCACCGGAUUGUUUAUGGUGCUGAUUUGGCUGCCUUCCUCAAGACAUUUGCAAAGAUUGUUGAGAACCCAGAGAGCCUCACAUUGUAGUUGGUGUUUCAGGACUCCCAAGGAUAAAAUGUUUUUGACCCUAAGCCUCUAAUUUUCAUCAGUGAAAAAAGGAUGACGUCUCUUUCGAACGGGGUGCCCAACUAAGGAACACGCUUUUGCAGUAAUUUCUAGCAUUUUCUGCUUGUGUUGUACUUCAUUUUGUUUUGAACUCCUUUAAGAAAUUGCAAUGCUUUGUUAGUCACUGUUGAGAAGAUUUUGAAACUGGGAAACAGCAACUUUUGAAAUUUUUUGAUAAGAACAAUGCUUGGUGGGAAAGUUCAAAACCCAAUGGCUGUGUAAUAAUAUCAUCUAUGACAGGCAUAGAAUCUAUACAUGAA